AUGGUAAUGGACCAACAACCUCGCAAGGACUUGAAGCUGGACGACAAGAGUCCUGAGCACGUCGAGGAGCCUGUGGCAGCUGGACAACCUGCGCAUCCACCUCCCAAACCCUCUGUGUCAGGACGCGUUGACAAUGCUUUGGAGAGGAUUCAAGGAGACACAGAUGAUGCAGAUCUACGAUGCGGAUGGUUCUUCAUCACACCGGUAUUUCUACAGUCGUACAUGACAGCGAGGUGUGUGCUUUUCACAUUCUGCGUUGCGGCCUUUGUCCAGGGAAUGGUAAUCAGCGGCUUCGUCAACGUGGCCUUGCCCUCUCUCGAGCGCCGUUUCAAACUACAGAGUGCAGAGGUGGGUAUGAUUGUGUCCAUGUACAACAUUGGAUCUCUAGCGCUGCUGUUACCCAUCACCUACUUGGGCGGUCAGGGCCACAGACCACAACUGAUGGCCAUCGGAACUUUGAUAAUGGGGAUCGGUUCUCUGCUCUUCUCACUCCCUCAUUUUUUGGCCCCGCAGUACAAAUUUAGCGUACUCAAAAAGGAACUGUGUCCUUUCACCGAAGAAGACGCGCCUGCGGAAGCCGACGAUCUCCACCUGCGGGACUACAGAUGGGUUUUAAUGUUCGCCAAUAUGCUUCAUGGCUUGGCAAUGGUUCCCUUCUACACCUUGUCGGUGUCCUUCUUAGACGACAACCUGUCCAACCAGAAGUCGGCGAAGUACAUCAGCAUCUACUACACGGCGGCGAUUAUGGGACCUGCUUGCGGCUUCAUUUUGGGAGGUACCUUUCUCAACAUAUACACGGACAUCACUGUAGAUCCUGCAACCCUCGGAUUGUCUAGAUCGAGUAACGUCUGGGUUGGUGCCUGGUGGCUGGGAUUUGUGCUGACCUUUGUCUUAGCCUCCCUGGCAAGCAUUCCAAUCUUUGCGUUUCCCAGAAAGCUGCCCGGAUCAGCGAGGAUAAUGUCGGAGAAGAGGAUUGAAGUGGAUGAGAGGAUUAAAGGCGACACGAUGCCAGCAGGACCGUCCAAAAUUGGCAACAUGCCGAGAGCCUUGUGGUGCCUCCUUUGCAACAAGACUUUCGUGUUCAUCUGCCUCGCUAGUACGUUAGAGACGUCGAUAGGAUCGGGCUACGCCAACUUCAGCACAAAGCUCUUUGAAAGCCAAUUCCGGAUGACAUCUUCAGGGGCCUCGUUGCUUCUCGGAUUGAUGGCCAUUCCAAGCGCGUCUCUCGGUACAUUGCUGGGAGGCUACAUCGUCUCCAAGCUGGACAUGGCUUGCAGUACCAUAAUCCGCAUGUGCCUCAACAUGUGCAUACUAAACUGGUUCGUGUUCCUCAUGAUGUUUUCGUACUGUCCAAACCUACAUUACAGAGGAGUCAACAGGACGGCGGGCGUGAUUGAACCUCUGCCCUGCAGCGACAACUGCAGCUGCCCUAUGGAAUUCAAUCCCGUCUGUGGCGAAGACCAGAUAAUGUACCUGUCAGGCUGCCUUGCCGGUUGCCGCGAAGAAGCCAUUCUCGAGGGUUCUCGCCUGUACAGUUCUUGCGAAUGCGUCAACGCAACGACACCCGCCAGAACAAUAAUGCUGACCAACGGCUCUCUGUUCACUGUGGCUGCAGAACGCAUGAGGUGUAAAAGUGACUGCUUCGCCUAUUUCUUGUACAUUUUGGCAACUUUCCUCAGUCUCUUCAUGACGUUUUUUAUUAGUGCUCCCGCAGUUAGCGUCGCUAUAAGGUGUGUCAUGGUAAAGCAAAAGUCGUUCGCGCUUGGCGUGAAGUGGGCUUGCAUCCGUCUUUUGGGAUCGAUUCCGGCCCCCGUCAUUUUUGGCACGGCGAUCGACAACGCUUGUAGGCUGUGGUCUUCUGCACUGCACAACACGCCUGAAAAUUCGGGAAACUGCCUGCUUUAUGAGAACGCAAAGAUGAGUCGUUACAUGGCAGGGUUGCUCCUUUUUUUGAAAAGUUUAUCGAUUGUGUUUUUUAUCUGCGCAUCUUUGAGCUAUCAUCCACCCGAGGAACAUAAGACUCCAGAGGUCGUACCCACGAGUUCAUCUCCGAAAAGUGAUUAA